AUGGUUGGAGUAAAGCGCCGCGUUGACACCGGUGACGACCGCAAUGGCAAGCGCACAAAGACAAAGACAGCCGCCGCCUCGACGAAAAAGCCGGUAAAACCCCAGAAAUUCGACAAAUCCUCGAAAGUUGGGAAAGGAAAGGACUUGAAGUCUGGAAAGAAGGAUAAGAAAACGCCCAAGAAGAAGGUUGUAGAGGAAGAGGAGGAGGACUUUUCUGAAGAGGACGAUUUCGAUGUCGACGAUAUUGAGGACUCGGAGAUUGAGGACGUCGAUGAUGCCGAGGACGACGUUGAGAUGGAUGAUGCCAAUGCAGAGGAUGUCGAUGAGAGCGAAGUCGAGGACAAGAACUCCGGCUCAAAGCCCAAGGGCGAGGCAGAUGCGACGAAUAAAACGUCGUCCCGCGAGUCACAUAUCAAGCAAAAAGCCCUUGCCAAAGAGCGCAAAGCCGCAAAGCCGAACGCCGAUAUGAUUGCACGAUCGAAGAAACUGUGGGAGCGUCUGCGCCGCAAAUCGCAUGUUCCCCUGGAUGAGAGGAAGAAACUCAUUACGGAGCUUUUCGAAAUCAUCACAGGACGAGUCAAAGACUUUGUGUUCAAGCACGACUCUGUCCGUGUCAUUCAGACCGCUCUGAAGUACGCCAACGUAGAGCAGCGCAAGCAGAUUGCCCGGGAACUCAAGGGAAGCUACGUUGAGCUCGCGCAGAGUCGAUAUGCCAAGUUCCUCAUUGGCAAGCUGAUAGUUCACGGCGAUACUGAGAUCAGAGACUUGAUCAUUGGCGAGUUCUACGGAAAGGUCAAGCGGUUGAUCCGACACCCCGAGGCUUCGUGGAUUCUGGACGAUAUCUACCGAACCGUCGCGACACAGGAGCAACAAGCCAGCCUGCUCAGGGAAUGGUACGGCGCUGAAUUCGCCAUCUUCAGAGACAACAACGCCAAAACGGCUGAUCUCGCUAAAAUCCUUGAGGAAGACCCUGCAAAGCGCUCUCCGAUUAUGCGCUUCCUCCUCGAGCUCAUCAACCAGCUCAUCCAGAAGAAGACUACUGGUUUCACAAUGCUCCACGACGCCAUGCUUCAAUACUUCCUCAACGUCAAGCCCGGCACCUCGGAAGCCAACGAGUUCAUCGAGCUGAUCAAGGGCGACGAAGAAGGCGACCUCGUCAAGAAUCUUGCCUUCACCAAGUCCGGCUCCCGCCUCAUGUGCCUCGCCCUCGCAUACUCCAACGCCAAGGACCGCAAGCAACUCACCCGCUUCUACAGAGACACCAUUAAGAUGAUGGCGGGCGAUCUUCACGGCCACCUUGUCCUACUCACCGCGUACGAAGUCAUCGACGACACAAAGCUCACCUCCAAGCUCAUCUUCCCCGAACUCCUCAACCAAUCCCUCGACGAGGAAGCCCGCAACGACGAGCUCCUGUACCAAGUCAACGACCUAACCGCCCGCAUCCCCCUCCUCUACCUCUUCGCCGGCGACAGGGUCAAGUGGCUCCUCCCCGAACACGACAACGCCGUCCUCGCUGAGAUACGCGAGAUCCGCAAGGAAACCUCCAAGAAGGAACCCGCCACGAGGCGCCAGGAACUCAUCAAGGCCGCCUCCCCAACCCUCCUAGACCUCAUCGCCGCGCGCGCAGACACCCUCCUCGAAACAAGUUUCGGCAGCCAGUUCAUCGUAGAGGUCCUCUUCGACGCCGAUGCUGAUAGCUCAGAGAACAAGGAGAAGAAGGACGCCGCGCUAGCCGCCGUUGCCGUUGCCGCGAAGUCCCGCUCCGACACAAAGGACGCGUCCUUCGUCGGGCGAACACUCAAGUCACUCGUCCAGGGCGGGCGGUUCAACUCUGCCGAGAAAAAGGUUGAAAAGGUCUCACCGCCGCUCAACUUCCACGACCUGUUAUACGAGCAGAUUAGCGGGGAGAUCAUGGACUGGGCGACGGGGUCGAAUGUCUAUGUCAUUGUUGCGCUGACGGAGGCGGAGGACUUUGAGAAGAAGGGCGAGCUGUUAAAGGCGCUGAAGAAGGGGAAAAAGGCGCUCGAGACGGCGUCCAAGGCGAAGACGGACAAGGACGCGAAGAAGGCUGGGCCUGUGGCUAGUGGGGCGAAGCUGUUGCUUGAGAAGAUUGCAUAG